AUGUUUUUAUUAACUGGAUUAUCCAAUAUGAAUAAAACAUCAUUCACAGAACGAUAUGAUAAACUUGGUUUAUUAUCGAAUAGUUAUUCAUUUCAAUGGGAAACUAAUUCAUUUCAUACUAUCAAUAUAAAAUCUAAUAAAGAUAAUAAAUAUAAAUCAUUUCUAUUAUUUUUAUAUAAUACAACAAAAUAUAAAAUUGAAAAAACAUUUAAUACAAUACAAUGUUAUCAUAAAUUAAUAAUACAAAAAUCCAAUUAUUCAUUGGAUAAAGAAAUAAACAAUAAAUCAAUACUUAUUCAAUUGAAUAAAAUCGAUAAUAAUAAUAAUAAUGAGCAAUAUAUAAAAAUCAAUGAAAAAUCAAUAAAUGUUAAUAAUAAUAUAUUGAUUUUUAAUAAUGAUUCACAAUCAAUUGAUUCUAAAUAUUCAUUAAAAAAUGUAGUAAAUUAUAAUAAAAUAUCAAAUAUACAUAAACAAUAUUUAUUUGGUCAAUUAAUGAAUGAUAAUCAAUGGGAUUUAUUUAAUGUUUAUUAA